AUGGCGAUCGUGCGCUAUUACUCGCUUGGGGCGUUUUCGUCGGCGAAGACGAACGCGAUUUUGGAAACGUUGAAAGAGGUCAAUGCCUCGGUACAGUCGCUGCAGACGGAGAAAUGUUUCUACGUGCAGAAUAAUCGGUACAAACAGCUGCCGGCCGAUGUGCACCGGAUGCUGCACUGGAUCCUGAAGGAGUGCGAUGCGCCCGAUCAGCUGCAUAGCGUGUCGGCGCUGGUGGCCAGCCCCACGCAGGUACUGAUCGAGGUUGGGCCUCGGUUCAACUUCUCGACCGCCAGCAGCACCAACAGUGUCAGCAUUUGUCACAAUCUCGGCCUAGAGUUUAUCGAGCGGAUUGAAGUAUCGACCCGCUACCUGGUCGGUUUCGGGCGCCCGGUCGGAAAGGACCCCCAAACGCUCAUUGCCUCACUCCUGGGAGUGCUCCACGAUCCGAUGACGCAGUGCCAGUAUACCGAGCACAACAUUCCGGUGAACGAUUUCUACGAGACGAUCGGACGCACCAAAGAGGACUGGCACUUUGUGCCGAUACUCGAGCAAGGCCGCCGUGCGCUGGAGGAAAUAAAUGUCAAAAAUGGGUUCGCGUUUGACGAUUGGGAUCUGGAGUACUACACCAAUCUGUUCGUGAACGUGUUGAAGCGGAAUCCAACCAACGUGGAACUGUUUGAUUGCGCGCAGUGCAACAGUGAACAUUCGCGGCACUGGUUCUUCAAGGGAAAGCUGCUGGUGGACGGCACUCCAAAGUCGCAGUCGUUGAUCGAAAUGAUCUGCGACACGCAGCGCUUCUCGAACCCCAACAACACGGUGGCGUUCAGUGAUAACAGCAGUGCCAUCAAGGGUUACAGCCACAGUGCGCUGCGUGCUUCGUGCGCCGACGGGCCGGGACCGUUCGUGCAGCGGGCAGUCUGCUCCGAUUUGAUCUUCACAGCGGAGACACACAACAUGCCGACGGCGGUUUCACCGUUCAGUGGGGCUACGACCGGCACCGGUGGUCGGUUGCGUGACGUGCAGAGUAUCGGGCGCGGCGGACUACCGAUCGCCGGCACGGCCGGUUACUGCGUCGGGAUGCUGAACAUUCCGGGCCACAAGGUGCCGUACGAGAGUGACCAGGACUACCCGGGAUCGUUCGCUCGGCCCCUGAAGGUGCUGAUCGAGGCGAGUGACGGUGCGUCGGAUUACGGCAACAAGUUUGGCGAGCCGCUCAUCUGCGGGUUUGCCAUCUCGUUCGGCAUGGUGCAAGCGGACGGACGGCGGAAAGAGUAUGUGAAGCCGAUCAUGUUUAGCGGUGGUGUCGGAACGAUGGAUGCCGAGCUGGUCAAGAAGCAGGAUCCGAAGAAAGGCAUGUUGCUGGUCAAGAUUGGUGGCCCGGUGUAUCGUAUCGGAGUCGGUGGCGGUGCGGCCAGUUCGGUGGAGGUGCAAGGGGAUAGCACCAACAGUGAGCUUGACUUCAAUGCCGUGCAACGAGGAGACGCUGAGAUGGAGAACAAACUGAAUCGUGUGGUGCGUGCCUGCAUCGAGCUCGGCGAUCGCAAUCCGAUCCUUGCCAUCCACGAUCAGGGCGCGGGAGGAAACUGUAACGUGCUCAAGGAGCUGGUCGAACCGGGCUGUGCCGGGGCGGUGAUCUUUUCGAAGGAGUUCCAACUGGGCGAUCCAACCAUCUCGACGCUGGAGCUCUGGGGUGCCGAGUACCAGGAGAACAACGCCGUUCUGAUUGAGGCCAGUUCACGGUCGGUGCUGCAAGCGAUCUGCGAUCGCGAACGUUGUCCCGUGUCGUUCGUGGGCCAGGUCACCGGCAGCGGGUACGUGACGCUGAUCGAAUCGGAGUUCGGUGUGGCCGAAAAUUUUUCCGAUCGCAGUCAGUGCGCCAAAGAACUGUCGCACGUGCCGUUCGAUAUGCACCUGGACCAUGUGCUGGGCAAGAUGCCACAGAAAGAGUUCGUGCUCGGGCGGGUGAGCGAGAAGGUGGAUGAGUUUCAUCUCACGGACGAGGUACGGCUGGCGGAAGCACUCGGUCUCGUGCUGUCGGCGGCCACCGUGGGCAGCAAACGGUACCUGACGAACAAGGUGGACCGCUCGGUGACGGGUCUGGUGGCCCAGCAGCAGUGCGUCGGUCCUUUGCACACUCCGCUAGCCGACUACGGGCUGGUGGCGGUAUCACACUUCGGCAAGGAAGGUGUGGCCACAUCGAUCGGAGCGCAGCCGAUCAAGGGUCUGGUGGAUCCGACGAAAGCGGCACGCAUGACGGUGGCGGAAGCGCUCUCCAAUCUUGUGUUUGUUGCCAUCAGUGAGCUGGCCGAUGUCAAGUGUUCCGGGAACUGGAUGUGGGCCGCCAAGGUCCCGGGCGAAGGAGCCAAGCUGGUCGAUGCUUGUGAGGCGAUGUGUGCACUGAUGCGUGCCCUUCAGAUUGCGAUCGACGGCGGAAAAGAUUCGCUGUCGAUGGCGGCCCGCGUAGGGGGAGAAACAGUCGUCAGCCCCGGGACGCUCGUCGUCUCCACGUACGCUCCUUGUCCGGAUGUGACGGUUAAGGUUACUCCGGAUCUGAAAGCGUCCGGUCUGCGUACCGACACCACGCUGCUGUACGUUGCGGUGGAAGGAGCUCGUUUCCGCUUGGGCGGAUCCGUCCUGGCGCAGUGCUACGGGAAGCUGGGUGGCCAGUGUCCGGACAUUAGUGAUCCGGGCUGCCUGAGGAGUGCGUUCAACGUCACGCAAGACCUACUACGUAAAGGCUGGCUGCUUUCGGGACACGAUUGUAGCGAUGGUGGUCUGAUCACCGCCGUGCUGGAGAUGGCUUUCGCUGGACUGACCAGUGUCGAUGUAAACCUGGAGCAGUUGCUUCAGUCCGCUACCUUCCCAGCCGGCCAAAAUGCCGCCGUUUUGCAGGUGCUGUUCGCUGAGGAGUGCGGUUGGGUGGUGGAAGUCGCGUCUGAGCACGUUGGCGAUGUCCUCACCGCGUACCGAAAGCAGUGUGUUCCGUGCUACACGAUUGGCCGAGCUGUCGGUGUGGCCGACCUUCACUCGAACAGUUCCGUCACGGUGCGCAACGGGCAGAGUGUGUUGUUGCAGGACACUCUCUUUGCACUGUUCGGUCGCUGGGAGUCGAUCAGUUUCGAGAUCGAAAAGCUUCAGAAAGCGAAGGGAAGUGCCGUGGAGGAAUACGCAGGGAUCGGACGUCGGACCGGGCCCCGCUAUGUGGCCAGCUUGAACCCGGACAGCGUGUACGGCGAUCUGAAGCUGGGCGGUGCCAGUGGACCGCGGGUAGCGCUGAUCCGCGAGGAGGGCACGAACGGCGACCGGGAAAUGGCGGCCGCUCUCUUCAGCGCCGGCUUUGAGGUGCACGAUGUGGCCAUGAACGAUCUGCUGAAGGGUAGCACCACCCUCGAUCGAUACCGUGGAGUCGUUUUUCCGGGUGGCUUCAGCUACGCGGACACGCUCGGAUCGGCCAAGGGAUGGGCAGCCUGCAUCCAGUACAAUGGCAAGAUUGCGCCACAGUUCGAGCACUUCCGUAAAAGGGUGGACACGUUCUCGCUCGGCGUUUGCAACGGCUGCCAGCUGAUGGGCCUGAUCGGAUGGGUAGAAACGGAAGCCGAACCCGUGAAGCAGCCUUUGACCGGUGUAGAGCCGCAGGUCCCCGAGAUCGCCCUGGCCGGUAAUCGGUCGGAGAAGUACGAGUGCCGCUGGGUAACGCUGAAGGUUGCGCCCAGCCGCUCGUUGAUGCUCCGUCGUUUGACGGGCAGCGUGUUGGGUUGCUGGGUGGCGCAUGCCGAAGGACGGUUCGUGUAUCGCAGCGCAUCGACCUUGGACCGGCUGGUUGCUGAGCAGUGCGUGGGGCUGCAGUACGUGGACGAUACCGGCAAGCCGACCGAGGUCUACCCGAUGAACCCGAACGGCAGCCGGCUCGGUGUGGCUGGCGUUUGCUCGCCGGACGGGCGCCAUCUGGCCAUGAUGCCGCAUCCGGAGCGGUGCGUGCAAAUGUGGCAGUGGCCCUACGUUACGGCCGAUUUCCCGCACAAAAACGCUUCCCCCUGGGUGUCGAUGUUCCGCGAGGCCUAUCUGUGGUGUUUGGAGCGAAAGUGAGCCGCCGUAGCUGUGCCGAAUUUAUGUUAAGCAAAUCCAACAUAUUGUGCAGCUUAGCUGUGUGGUCGAUGACAUUUCCGAUAGAAUUUAGAUCCCGCCCGCCAUAAAUAAAGUGAAUUUACGGACACUC